ACUACCAUUUUCGGAAUCAAAUGAUAGUUAUGUGAUCAGUUAUAAUCGUGUGUUCAGAUUUAUCAAUUUCCAAGUUCAAUCACUAUUAUCAUACUAUUCCAUAAUUAGAUCAACAAGAUUAAAGUAAAUGUUUUAAUUGUUAUAAUUAGAGUCACUCUAAUAACUUAUGAUAUACUAAUUACUUGUGACGAAAUUCUAUUAUCGAUUUGUGAAAAAUGUGGAAUAUUUGUGGAAUUAUAGAUUCUUCAGUUGGAUUUGGACACUUUCUAUAAUUGAUCCUCCCAAGAAUUAUUAAAUCAACAAAGUGUAUUUUAUUGUCAUUAUCCCAAUAGUAUAAUUUGAGAUCAGAUGAUGAUGAUAUGCAACAGUUCUAUUAAGCUUUUUUAAAUUUGGUAUCAUUCUUUGAUAUCGGAUUCAAAAAUAGUGAUGAAAUGAUUUAGAAUCGCAAAGUCAGAACUCUUAGUUAAAAAAUGUACAAUGAGGAAAAUCAUAACACAAAAUUAAUACUUUAUAUCACUA